CAAGGAAAGAAUUUGGCUGUAGUUAUGAUGUGCAAGCUGCUUUAAGCAAAUUUUGAAGGCAAGGGCAAGAAAUUAAAGAAAUAUGCAACGAUAUAGCAUCUAAAUGGAAGUAAAAUCCUUCUUAAAAGAAGAACUGAAUUUCUUCCAAUUCGCAUCCAUCGUUUUCGAUGAAUUUCCGAAAAUGUUACGUUCGACAUUUGUGUUAUUGUGGGACUCGAAGAUUGCACCGUUGCCUGGUUACCAAGUUUGGGACGACACACCCGCAGUCCGUACGCUUCUUCUGACACUCGAAGGCGGUACAACUCCCAUACCAACCAAUAAAUCGAUCGAGGAUUGGGAUUGUACAGCGCUGUUCCAGGCAAAUAUUUACUCCAAGACGUUUGCAAUCUCUACGACAACGACCAUCAAGACACUCCAUGAUCAAUUUAUAAAGGGAAAGAAACCCAAUCCUUUUCAUGCCUCACUGACCAGUCCAACUGGGAACCAGGAUGAAACUAUAACUUUAGCAAUCGACCAAAUUCGCCUGCUUAGAAACAAUUUAUGUCAUUUGCCUAAGUCCAGCAUAACAAAAUCCGAUUUUGAUGAUUAUGUUGAACUUGCUAAGGAUGCUUUUGUCGCAACUGGAUUUUCAACAGACCAAGUUAAUUACAUUGGUAGUCUUAAGGAGGGACACUUUCCAACUGAAAGGGUUAAUGAGUUGAAUCGCAAAAUUUCGUUUGUUGUGCUGGAGAACCAGAAGUUUCUUAAAGGAACAUUAAAAACGUUAUCGGAUGGUCAUGAAAGUAUUAUACAAAAACUAGAUGACAUCAAUAGGAAUGUCAUGAUUAUUAAGAAGCAGACUUCAGGGACAGAAUGUACAACAGAUGAACAGGGAAUUCGGGGACUCGCAGCAUUUGGUGCUCUGCUUCCAAAUGUAAGCAGUGAUGGAGGUAUUACCACAUUCAAGAUUACCGCUAGAAAGUUACAAGUCCUUAAAGAUACGGGAAUCGAUAGUAUUACUCUUGGUGAAUUUUUUAAUGCAUGUGAAAAACCUCUCCAAGACGCUGUUAAAAGAGGCUUCAGUGAUGGUAGAGAUGACCAGAAAAUUGGGGAGAUCGAAAAAGGUUGUCUUGUUCCAUUACAUUGUCUUACGGAUGAAAGGUUUCUGGAGGUUUUGGAUGAUUUUGAAUCUGGAAGGCUGAAAGAACGUUUGCUGGAAGAAUUUUCAUCGAUUGGAGUUGAAAUAGAAGGAUUGGAGAUUGAAAUAAAAAACGUGGAAGAAGUAAACAAAGCGAAGGAAGCCAUCAGAAAAAAAUCAACGGUUGACAAAUCUGCCAGUGCUAUGGACGACUUGUCUGGCGAAACUACUAGUAUUGGCGACUCCUCUGGUAAAACUAUGGAUGACCCAUCUCUGAGAGCUAUGGACAAUUUGUCAGAUAACAUUAUGGGUCUCUCAUUGGGUGAAACUAAAGACGAGUUUUGUGCAACUAUGGAAGACGACUCGCCUGGUUGGACCAUGGACGACGCAACUACUAAAGCGAUGAACGAAGUAUCUGUUGAACCCUUGUGCGUCUCAACGGAGAAGUGGGAGAAAGGAAGAUACAAGGAAGACGUACAAAAGCACAUUGACAAAUAUGGCUUGUCUGAGACAGACAGAUUUCUUAAAGAUAAACCUGAAAAAUUGAAACACGUUGAAGUGAAUAUUGGCGUAGCAGGUGAUGCUGGUGUUGGAAAGUCAACCUCUAUAACUACCUUUAUAAGAAGCAAACGUUUGACAAAAGAAGAAAUAAAUGCGAAAAAUAGGGAGAAGUGGGAACAAGCAAACAAGGAAGAUGCACGAAAGCAUAUUGAAAAAUAUGGCAUAUCUGGCAUCGAAAAUUAUUUUCGCGAUAAACUUGAAUCUGAAGAGUGGAAAGAUAUUGAAGUAAAUAUAGCCGUAACCGGUAAUUGUUGUGCUGGAAAGUCAACCUUUAUUAACAAGUUUAGAGGACUAAAAAAAGGAGAUAAAGGUGCGGCGAAGACAGGUGUCACGGAGACUACAAGAGAAAAGACUGUGUACUAUCACCCUAACAAUAACAAAAUAAAGUUUUCGGAUCUACCUGGUUUAGGUACACAGAACAACCCAGAUUUCAAAACCUACUGCAAAGAUUUCGAAUUGGAGAACUGCGACACUUUCCUUAUCUUCUGCAAAGACUGCUUUACCCAAAACAACCGCUUGCUGGCGGAAAAAGUAAAAGAACUUGGAAAGCCAUUCUUUUUUAUACGCACACAUAUUGAUGUGGAUUACGAGAACGAAGUUAAAGGUGAUGAUGAAGAAUAUGAUGAUGUUGAUGGAAAAAAAGAAAAAGCAAUGCUCGAAAAGAUUACAAAAUACUGUCUUGUAAACUUGAAAGAUCUUGGAGCAAGCCAGAAAAAUGUAUUUCUGAUCAGCAAUCGUCACCAAGACAAGUGGGACUUUGGUCGUCUUACACAGGCUAUUUUGGAUGCCAUACCACAACUUCAAAGGGAAAGCCUAACGCUGUCUUUAACAAGCCUCUCAAAAGAUCUUAUAAAAAGAAAAGUGAAAAUACUUGCAGGUAAAAUUUGGAUGGUUGCAGCUGCUUCAGGUGUCGGUGCCCUAGUUCAGGUGCCCGAGUUUUCAUUUACACUCGAUAUCGCCCUUUUGACAAAUGAAGUUUGGAAGUACAAAUCCCAUCUUGGUGUUCCUGAUGAAACUGCCCCUGAGUUUAAAUUAGUAAAGAGGCGAAGAACUCAGGAAAUUGUACGCAUGCUUUUUUCCAGCAGUGCGGAGGAGAUUAGUAAAUUAAUGAAAGUAUACUGUGCAGGUUCCACUGUUGAAGAAUUUGCCCCAUACAUCCCGUUCGUAGGAAGUGCAAUUGCUGCAAGCAUUUCGUUUGGUUGUACAUACAAAUUCCUCCAUGGAUGUCUUAACGAAUUAGAAAAUGCGGCGUUAAAUUACUUGGAUACGAUGAAAUUAGAGAAACAGAAAAGGCAUAGCAAGGGAGACAGAACGCGCGAUGACUAGUGUCAACUGGAACUGAAAAACGGACAUUUACUUUUUUUCUUUCGUAUUUUAAAUAAGUUAAAUGCUUACAUCGCGAGUAAGUAAAUAGUCUCAGUUAAUCUUACAUGCACGAGGAAGCAAAUAUAGUCUGAAAUAGUUUAGUUAACCAUAAAUGCAUGAGUAAGCGAAAGUUUAGUUGACCUUACAUGAAUGAGUAAAGAAAUAGUUCACCUUACAUGCACGAGUAAGCAAAUAGUUUAGUUCAUCUUACAUAAAUAAGUAAGCGAAUUAAUAAACUGAUUCCAUCAUGACAACAAAUGAACUCAUAGAAACUCAAUCAACCUUCAUCUUAAGGUAAGACUCUUUACAUAUGAAUCAGUAUAAUUAAAGAAAUAGUCAAUACUAACCGUACAUGCAUGAGUAAGCAACUUUCAACUCAUAUGUUAUCAUUAUAUAUAAAAGACUAGAGAUGUUAAUUGCUAAA